AUGGGGUUUUCCUUGAUCAACCUCCUCUGGCUUGCCGCGACCAUCUCCACCACCACCACCACCGCCUGGGCGGCUCCUCCACCUCCUCCCUCUCGAUUCUUCUCCCUCCAUCGUCUCAGUCACCGCGACACGGCGGCAACAGCUCCCGACCCGGUUCAGCAACUCCUGUACAUCGCACCGACGUCCAACACCUGCGCCGGCGCCACCUACCCCAGCGAGUGCGCGGUGUCGUCCCUCGCGGUGGUGCAGGACAUCGUCGCCAGCUUCGCGCAGUACAACGUCACGACCGCCGCCGAGCAGGCCGCCCUGCUGUCCUGGAUGGCCUACGAGAGCGGCGAAUUCAAGUACAACCACAACCACUUCCCCGCGCCGGGCCGGCCGGGCCAGGGCACGCGCACCAUGAUGUCGCCGGCCUUCGUGCAGCAGUACGCCGAGUCGAUCCCGCAGCUCACGGCCCAGGUCGCCGCGGCCGUCGGGACAGCAGGGACACCCAGCAGCAGCGUGACCGACGCCCAGGCCGACCAGGUCCUGGCCCUCGUGCAGCCCGACCAGUACUCCUUCGCGGCCGCCGCGUGGUUCUACGCCACCCACUGCACCGACGCCCAGAAGGCCCUGGUGCGCCAGGGCGGCCAGCAGAAUUGGCAGACGGCCUUUGUCACGGGAUGUGUGGGCACGACCGUCGACGACGGCAGGGUGGCCUACUGGCAGAAGGCGUGUCAGGCGCUGGGGGUGCCGGUGACGCCGUAG